ACGCGACCUCGCACUGAUAACACGCUAAGACUUUAAAAUAGAAAUUAUAUUUUGUACGUAAAUAUCAUCAGCAAAGAAACGGUAUCUGAACGCGCUCUAUGCAGAUUUACGAGAAGGAAAGUGUCGUGAAAUGGUUCCCGCCGGUGCUUUUUGACAAACGAUUUAUAUUUGGUUUAGUGUCAUAUAGAACUUUUUGACAGUAAAAGCUUUGAAAAGUUUGGCAUGCUUAUAUAACACCACUAGAGAUUAUACCUACCUGUGUCCAUUUUGCAAGUCGCUGUUCUUAGCUGGUACGACGAGCCGGGCGCCAUUGGAACCGAACUCCAAGCCAGUAAUUAAGUGCAAGUCCGCGCUCCGCCGACAUACAUCGCUGUCCGCACGCAUAGGAUGGUAGAAACUGACCCUGGGCCCAAGAAACCUCACAAUUGUGAUGUAAAAAGUGACCACCAAUUAAACGGACCAGGUUCGAAAACCGCCGAGCUUGGCGUCGUCACUUCGCUGAAGUCACCAGUCAAGUUCGAUCCAGAAAAGGGGGCCAAUACCGAAAAGGCUGACUUCGAAAAGGCUAUUGAACUAACUCGAUAUGGCCGCUUCCACUACUUGCUGCUGGCCGUUUGCGGCCUCGUCAGCACUUCUGAAGAGAUGGACGUCAUCUCCAUGUCCUUCAUCCUCCCUUCUGCACAGUGCGACUUAGACCUCACAACGGAAACGAAAGGAUGGCUGAACAGCAUAAUUUUCAUCGGCAUGAUGGUUGGCGCGUACGCGUGGGGUUCCGUGGCCGACUCGCUGGGCCGCAAGCGUGUGCUAAUCGCUAUUUCUAUCAUCAAUGCUCUGGCGAUCGUAGCGUCUUCCUUCAGCCAGAACUAUGAACUGUUCAUGCUUUUCAGAUUCAUCAAUGGUGCAGCACUGGGAGGAUCAGGACCUGUCAUCUGGUCCUACUUUGCAGAGUUUCAGCCAAAGAAAAAGCGCGGUGCAAUGUUGAGCUUUAUGGCCGCUUUCUGGACACUGGGAAAUUUGUUUGUUGCAGGCUUGGCGUGGGUUAUUAUCCCUAGUGAGAUCGGAAUUCAAAAAGGAGCCUUCAUCUACAAUUCGUGGCGUAUCUUUUUAUUGGUGAUGUCACUACCAUCGUUCUUGGUAGCAGCGCUCUUAUUCCUGUUACCUGAAUCACCAAAGUUUUUGAUAUCCACCGGACGCCAUGAGGACGCAUUAGAAGUAUUCAGAGGUAUCUAUAUGAUGAACACGGGACGGAGUAAAGAGGAGUACCCAGUGAAGCAACUGCUUGUAGACGAACCGCUGCAUCCAAAACACGAAAAGCAAAUUGAAGCUAAUAAGGAACCAAAAUCGAAGUUGAGAAGAAUGCUUAGUGAUAUCGUUGAACACAGCAAGCAAUUAUUCGUACCGCCUAUUCUGAAGUUUACAACGAUCUCUAUCACGAUUAAUUUUACAUUCCAUAUUGGAUACUACGGACUGAUGAUGUGGUUCCCCGAGAUGUUCAACCGUUUUGAUGAGUGGUCGCGCACGCACGACAAUGCCGAGGCCGAUAUUUGCCAAGUUACGGCAUACGUCACGAAGUUCGGCACACACUCAGCGGAGGCUAACUGCGAUUCCCACAUCAACUCUGAUGUUUUCAGUGAAUCUCUCAUCACUGUGGCCGCUGCGAUACCAUCCAAUAUAUUCGCGGUGCUCGGCAUGGAUAGACUUGGCAGAAAAUUCUUCUUAGUGUUCGCAACAUUCUCAGCGGGUCUGUGCUCAGCUGCAAUGUACUUCGUAUACAACAAAACCAACAACCUCAUAGUCAGCGCUAUAUUCAGUUCAGUCAUAUCUUGCGGCAACGCUUCCCUUGACUGUUUAAUUACUGAAGUCUUCCCUACGAACUUACGUGCUACCGGCGUUGCAGUAUCCAUGGUGGCAGCCCGUCUCGGUGGUAUUAUCGGCAACGUAGUCAUCGCCACAUUGCUGGACACGUACUGUCCCGCCCCGACCUUCAUUGUAGCCGUGCUGCUCGCCAGCGGCGGUCUGAUGUGCCUCUUCCUGCCUAACACCACGCGGCAGGCCUUACAAUAACGACGCGAAUUUGAAAAAUAUAAAAAUCAAAUAUUAGGAAACCAACUAUUUAUCUAGUAUUAAAUUAUCUUGAACAAUUUGGAAACUGAAAACUUAGAGGGUUUUGCAUACUUUGGACUAUAAUGAAAUGUGCUUAUCCAAAACAGAAUUACCUCAUAUUUAAUGAUUGAAGUAUUUGUAUGUAAAUAAAAAUACAGUAAUUUUAAAUUAUUUUGUCAAUACAAAUUUUAUGUACGUUUUCGUAAGUCCUGCUGUGUUGUGAUAAAAACAUGUUAAGUAUCGAUGUAGAUAGCUUGUUCAUAAUAUUUGUACAAUAUUUUUUUUACUAUUUAACACCGUUCUUUAAUUUAUGAACUAAACAGAAUGAUAGCAAUAACUAGCGUUUAAAAUAAUGUUAUAAUUGCGUUGUAACGCUUUACCAAGUUAAUUUUGCCAUUGUUAUACAUUUUAAUGAAAGUAUUAUAGGUUAAGUCAUAAACCGAACAUUUCUGUUGUUACUUGCACAUGAAUUAAAACGAAUUUAUAAAUUAAAAAUUGUUACCGUAGUAUGUAGAUAUAGCUUAGUUAAAAUCAUAGAGAAAAAAUUAGAACUCGUUAGAACACAAAUUUGUAAAUUCGUAUAUUCUGAACACAUUAAACUAAUUUAAAAGAAUCAACUAAUCAUCAAUGAGUAUUUCAUAAUGUCAU